AUGGAAGAUCGCCGAGACAUCAUCAUAUCUAUACACCCAAAGCACGUAGCCAACAUUGUCAGCAGGGAAAAGAACCAUGAGUUCCGUAAUUACCUUCUUCCUGCUUCAGUCAAGCGACUUUGGAUAUAUGAAACCAGCCCCCUCUCGUCUAUCCGAUAUAUCGCAACUAUCAGUCAAGGGAAGCGCCCUGGAGAGAUAUGCAAUUCUGAUGGGCUAGAGAAUGACGAGUUUGAUCGUGGCGAUCUGGAAGGUUCUGCCAAGUAUGCAUACGAAGUCUUGAAACUCGAACAGCUGCCAGCAUCCUACUCCCUCAGCGACCUCAAGAUAAAGGGAUGGCUGAAAGGUGCCCCUCAGAAAUACUGUUUUCUGAAGCCUGCUAUGAGAGAAGCUGCUUCCACCCUACCAUUACAGCUUGUGUUUGGGCCAGAUGAGCAGACUUUGGACCCCAGUAAGGAUGUGAACUCUGAUGAAGAAGAAGAGCCUGCCAAUGAGCGGCAGAGUGGGAAAAAGCCUUAA